CGCCAGGCAAGAUGGAAGGACCCAGCUGCUGCGGGAGAACAAUGUUUUGGCUCUAAACAUCCAAAACUACGCGCCGAGGCUGAAGCAGGCGAGCCGCCACCGCGGGUCAUGGUCCCGCAGCGGAUAAGACUGACUUCCACCACGUAGUUUUGCUGCCCACCAGCCGUCACCAUGAGCAUAAUUCAAGACAAGAUGGGGAAUGAAUUCCUGCGCCCCAACGGGGGCAUGGAUAGCAGUUUUGGAGGCGGCAUGAUCAUGUUCAGCCAUCUGCCUCCGGUGACCAGCUUCACCCGGCUGGCAGCUCACACGGUCAUGCAGGACCUUCCACCGCAAGAAAUGAUUCUGAAAAAGGAGCGCGACUCUCCCGACUGCAGCAUGGGCGGCCUGGGAGGCGGCGGCCUGGGAGGUGCUGGGAUGGGAGACUACAUUUACACCAUGGGCAUCAAGCAGGAGAAGCAGUCGGAGCACGAUUAUCGCCUACCGCUCUACCCUGGAGGUCUGGGGAAGAACACGGAGCUGCUGGAGGUGUCUGUCAGCAACAACCAGAACCUGCUGCUGCACGACCUGAACAUGGGCAACCUGCCGAGUCAGAUAGAAAAGGAGGCCACGGGGAGGAAAGGUCGCAGGUCAAACGGUGAUGGACAGGAGGGAAAGCCAAGAAAGAAGAGAAGUGAGGCAAAGCAGUCGUUGAUGCUGGAUCCAGAUGGUGGAGGUCUGUCUCCUGGAAACAAGCCUCACAUCUGUGAACACUGCGCUGCAUCCUUCAGAAGUUCCUAUCACCUGCGCAGACAUGUCCUCAUACACACAGGUGAAAGACCCUUCAGAUGCAGUCAGUGCAACAUGAGUUUCAUUCAGAAAUACCUUCUUCAGCGACACGAGAAAAUCCACAGUGGAGAGAAGCCAUUCAGCUGUGAUCAGUGCAACAUGCGGUUCAUUCAGAAGUACCACAUGGAGAGGCACAAGAGGACGCACAGCGGAGAGAAGCCGUACAGAUGUGAGACCUGCCAACAGUAUUUUUCGAGGACAGAUCGACUUCUUAAGCACAAGCGAACCUGUGGAGAAGCCAUAAAGAAGGGUCUGGAUCCGGGGAUGAUGGACCUGGGCUCCGUGGACAUGGGACAAGGCAGCUAUGGAGGCACUCAGGGAAACGCUGGGAGCUCUGGUCGGAAGAAGGGAAGGUCCAAAAACUCUGGAGAGGCAGGCGAGCGCAAAAAGAAGAAGGGAGAUGGAGGAGGGGCGCGGGAGCUGCACAUGCAUGGAGCCGUGUCUGGAGGCUACAGCAUCCAUGAGUACUCUCUGGACAACCAGACGGUGUCUUCCUCCACGGAUCCGGGCCCCAGCAUGCAGCCGGGCCACCAGGGCCAAGCUCCAAAGAUGGCCUUCAAGAAGGCCAAUCGCAGGAGCCUGGAUAAAGGCGGCCCGGGGCCGGCCAAGUCCCUGGGGCCGGCCGGGGGCCUGGACGAGCACGGCCUCAUGCAGGGUAGCGAGGCCAAGGCGGCAGCCACCAGCAGCAACUACGACGACGCCAUGCAGUUCCUGAAGAAGAGGCGCUACCUCCAGUCAGUGAACGGUACGAGCGCUGCGGGGCCCGCAGGAGCCAGCACCGAGUUCGACGUCAGCGUCCACCUGUCCUCCCAGCCGGCUGUCCUCCAGGGUGGACUCUCCAGCGUGAUGGACAGCGACGUUCCUCUGAGCCUCGACAAGUCGGGUAUCCCCGACGAGGUGCUGCAGAGCCUCCUCGACCACUACGCCCAGAAAGCCGACGGCUCGCACCACGACGUUCACUUCGACCUGCACGACCAGCCCGUGGAGCUGAGCUCCGCGUCCGCCGACGGCCCCGACAUCGGCAGCAGCACAGACGGCUCCGGGGCAGCGGGAGACAAGACUUUCAUGAUGCAGGAGUACUCGCGCUUCCUGCUGCAGGCUUUGGAGCGCACCAGCCACAGCAGCAGCUUCCCUCUGGGCCCCGGGGCCUCUCCCUCAGGAGCCUUCGCCGGCUCCCACCUCGCAGACAAGAACGUCUACAGCAUGUCCACACUGGAGUGUGGGUUCGGCCAGUCGGCGGCCUCGCCUUCGCUGCCCUCCUCUGUGCCAAAGUCUCACUUUGCAAUGCUGACGGGCUCCUCAUCUCAGCACAGCUUCCACCUGAGCAGCCUGGAGGCCUCGUCACACCAGCAGCUCACCCCUUCUCAGGAGCUCACGGAGCAGAUGGAGAAGCAGCACGCCUCCACCCCGCCCUCCACCUACCAGAUGAGCCCGUCCGACCUGGGCGGCCAGAAGGAGCAGCCGGCCGGGAAGGGCGGCCCGGCCGUGGUCUACCCUCUGGUCUCCUCGCAGGACCUGGCCUCUCUGGACUCCAAGCCUUCCUACCACAUUGAAAACUUUGCCCAGGCGUUCGGCUCCCAGUUCAAGCCGGACGGCCACGGCUUGUCUUACAGCAGCGACUCCGGCAGGGAGGUGGAUCACCGGAUACGGACGCCCGUGUCUGAAUUCUCAGGGUAUAGUAGUUUGUUAUCUGAUGUCAGUGAGCCAGUACGUGCAGGUUCUACAACACCAACAAGCCAAAGCUACAGAUGAGAACCUGAGAGAAGAAUAUGCUCUGUCGUGAAGUUUGUGUUCUUAUUUUAAUUUUUUUAGCUCUCUUAUUUUAUUUUAGUCUUUUUUUUUUUUUUUAAGUGACAGCUCUAUUUUAAUUCAACUGUUUCUCUGUCUUCAUGUCCACUCCUCCCCCUGCAAUAAGCCCGCGAGGCACCCUGCAAAUGCAAUAUUUUGAUAGUAUUCGUUAUUUUUAAGUUAAAUGUGUAUUUUACUUUUAAUUCUUGUCUGAGUAGUGACAUGUUAGGUCUGGCCGUGAAUUAUGAGAUGAACGUACCUUUGUGAGUGAGUGUAGACUAGCGCGGGGCAUAUUUCUCUUCCAGUGAGCUGUUUGAGCAAUCCAACUUUACAAGUGUAAAAAGUGAUAAAUACAACGAUGGCAGGGAAUCGCCCAGAAUUGAAAUGUCAAAAAAAAGUGGUCUGUUACAGGAAUUACUCAGGAAAAUAUGGGAAAGGAAGAGCUUACACGGGGCAGUGAGCGCUCUUUUUUUUUUUUUUUUUUUUUUUUUUUUUUUUCUUAUUCCUCCCAAGAAUUGCAACGAAGUUUGCAACUUCAAAGAGGGUUUUGUUGUUUUUUUUUCUUAUGUUUUCUUGUUAAGUGAGUGUGACAUAAACGGACUGCUGCGAGCUCUCUUGAACACUGAAAACACUUUCUACUAGGCUAUAUAGAGAUUACGGUACUUUCAUGUCAAUGUGAAACGGAUGCUUUCUUCACUAAGGGCCAUAUAUAUGAAUAUCUAUAUAUAUUUAUAAGAAUAUAUAAUGUAAGAUAACAGUUUUAAUUGUUCUGGGGGGUCUGCCGGUUGAGGUUGAGGAAGGAAUUAGACCUGUUUCAGGGGGAAAAUGUUGUCCAUGAAUU